ACAAAUAUUUCAUCGCAAUUUUUAUAUCUGCAAUCAUGAUGCAAACGACUCCAAAAAAGAACAGCGACACUGUGCCUGCUAUACCAGAGCAUUUUUCCCCACUCGUCAUCUCAGAAUCUCCUGUUACCAAAACUUCGCAGCGAGGAAACUUGACCGGUACCCCAAGAAGAGUGCGUGACAUUGCUGCAGACAUUCAUUCAAGUAUUCAGCAAUGGAACAGCGUACAUCUGCAUGCUGUACCAAUUCUGAAGAAUAUAUGCCAAAUAAAAGUGGAUGAAAAAUAUCCGGAUGGUCUCCAAGACUCAUGUGAUGUAUUGGAAGUAGAUUGCAACGCUUUGGAUGAGAUCGUCGCUAGUCUGAAAUUGUUGGCUCACCAAAUAAAAGUUGCAGCUUCCUUACACAGAGCCGCUGAAAAUAUGUUCUUAACAUGGCCGAUAGAUAAAUUUGGUGAUGUUGCAGAGAAAAUUUAUGAGGCAUACAGAGACGAAGCUGUAGUGAAGCGCAAAGUACUAGAGAACAUAGCACACAAUCACCAAGAAGCAUGGAAAAUUUUACACUUGGCUGCUUGGGUCCAUCAACCAAAUAUAACUGAAAAUGUGACAAGACUUUUGGAAUCGUUGUUAGUUGAAACGGGACAUCGAUGAUAGGUACAUUCAACAUCGAUCCUAAUAAGAUUAAUUAAGCAAGAUUUUUUCCUUUACUUUACUGUGGGAAAUAUUUCAACUCAUUCAGUACUUACACAUCAUGGACAAAAUAAACUAGCAGUUCAGUGUUUACCUGAUCAUUUGCCACAAGAUAAUGACACUGACGAAAUGUCACACAAUGUUCCAGUGUUUUCAAUAUAACAGAUUUUAGGAUUAUGUGUGAUUGGCCUCUUGUCGUUUACCAGGUGAGUAAAAUAGAAUCGACUGCUUAGUGUAAUUUAUUUAUAACAGUUGUAGUUUUGCAAUAGAUUGUACAUUUAUUUCUAAUUUUCUCCAUGUGCGAAGUAAAUCAAACUGUAUUUUUACAACCUGAUGAAGAUGAAUUGUACAGUUCAUUUUGAACUACAAAAUCAUAACAACAUUAUGUUAUAAAAGUAAUGUAUUUACAAUAAAAAUUUCGAUUAAAA